GGCGGCCUGGUGAUGGCAGCGGCACCACCUCCCACCCCGCCUGCCGUUCCGCUGUGGGGUCCGGGGGCCAGCCAUCGCUGCUGGAAACCGGCUGCCGCUUCCACGCUACGACAGAGAAGGGCGGGCUUUUGUGCAACGCAGCCGUAGGAGGGAAGCUUCGCCAGCCGCCGCGCCCCGGCCGCCGCGGGCUGCGCGGCCCGCUCCGGUGCCGGCCUGGGCGGGCCCUGCCGUGGGCCACCCCGCGGGGCCAGGCCAGGCCAGGCCAGGCCAGGCCAGGCCAGGCCGCGGGGCGGGGACGGCGAGGCUCCCGGGGCGGGGACGGCGCGGCAGGUGCCUCCCUCCGCGGUCACGGCGGGGCCGCCGCUUGCCACGUCGGGGGAGUUUCCCGAGGCGAGGCGAGGCGAGGCGAAGCGGGCUGGGGCGGGCCCGGCCUUUCUCCUCCUCCGACCCCUGCCCCGGCCCCCGCUGUCGGAGACGCGGCGAGCGGUGCCCGCUGCCAUGGAGGCCCGCUACAACCUCAAGAGCCCGGCUGUCAAACGUUUGAUGAAAGAGGCUGCAGAACUGAAGGAUCCUACAGAUCAUUAUCAUGCACAGCCUUUGGAGGAUAAUCUUUUUGAAUGGCACUUUACUGUUAGAGGCCCUCCAGAUUCAGAUUUCGAUGGAGGGAUUUAUCACGGGCGAAUAGUACUACCACCUGAAUAUCCUAUGAAACCACCCAGCAUUAUUUUGCUGACGGCCAAUGGCAGGUUUGAAGUGGGGAAGAAAAUUUGUUUAAGCAUCUCAGGGCAUCAUCCUGAAACAUGGCAGCCUUCAUGGAGUAUAAGAACAGCUUUACUAGCUAUUAUUGGAUUUAUGCCAACCAAAGGUGAAGGAGCAAUAGGAUCUCUGGAUUAUACACCAGAAGAAAGAAGAGCUCUUGCAAAGAAGUCACAAGACUUCUGUUGUGAAAUGUGUGGCACAUCUAUGAAGACAGCCCUCUUACCACUAACAUCCGGAAGUGUGUCAAGCCAGGCGGACAAGGAGGCUAAAGAACUUGCCAGACAAAUUAGCUUCAAGCUGAAGAUACUGAAAGUUGAACUCUGGAAUGGAAGUUGCCGUUACCCAGAAAUGUGUUCUCUAGCUUGUGUUUCAGUGAAAGCAGAAGUCAGUGCAUCCAGGAAGCCUGAUGCUGGACCCUCAAACAUUUCAGGAUUGAACCACUCUGCCGCUUCACGUGAGCCCCAGCAGGAUGGUGCAGCUAGAGCAUUCCAGGAUCCAACAAGUGCAACGUCUGAAACUCAGAACAGCAGCGCAGCGGCCAGUCAAGAGCACACUCCGCCUGUGUCCACUAACACGUCUAUGAGUCCUCGGCAGCGCCGUGCCCAGCAGCAGAGUCAGAGACGGGCUCCGUCUUCGACUGACUUUAAUCGGGUACAGCAACAAAGAGUCAACAUGAACCACACUGGAUCAACCGUUCUGAUUGUCCUUCUGACUUUUGCAUUGGCAGCUCUUAUAUUUCGUAGAAUAUGCUUGGCUAACGAGUAUAUAUUUGAAUUAUAGGGUUGUUUAUCGUAACAGCAGUGACUUGAAUGCUUCAUUGAACAUUCUGUAUUGGGUAUGACAUAAGAACUGUUUACAAAGAUUACUUUUUGUAUUUAUGCUUAAAUUCUUAUGAAUGUUAAUGUACCUACAGAUACAUUACUUGUAAGAAGAGCAAAGUUGGAAGUUUAACUACCAACAAGUGUUAAUUGAGUGCCCACUAGAUACUUGGAGAAACAGUGCAGUGGAAUAGUAACAUUAAGGCAUGUAGGAGGGGAGUCAAAUUGAGUAAUUUAUCAACUAGAAAAAGACAAUUUUAAAGUGGUUGAUUCACUUUUUUAUGGAGUGUAAAUGCAUUCAAUCACCCCAUCUAAGUUAGUACAAGAUUUGACAUUGGAGAAGGAAUUAUAAAAUGAAACACUACUAUGUGUUUGUGUCCAGUGAACUCUUAAUUUAGAGGGGAUACGGUUUUGUAACCACUUUUAUUUACCAUGACGCAUUUCUAGAAGGGGAACAUGUACGAAUUGGUUGUGAUGCUGCUUUGUGUGUGUGAAAGGGGGAAAGGAGUAGGGGAGGAAAGCAGGGGCCAGAAAACUACUUGCAUUAUUUUGAUUUUAUUUUUUGGAAGAAAGAUUGGAUAAUCUUUUGCAAGAUUUGAAUGUCCUCUUCUAAUACUCGCAAUUGUAUAUCUUGGUUUUUUAAAUUUGAAGAUUAUAUAAACCAUGUCUAUUCUUGCAAUAGUUAUAAAUAUAUAAUAUAAUUAUUUACCCAGAGCUAUUGUCUUUUAAUUAUACCAGAAAUAUACAUGUGUUGAACUGAAUGUUUCAUAUGUGGUUUUAUUUACUAAAGAAAAUUUAAACCUUAUUAUACUUAAACUCUCAUAUAUAUGAACAUACUUAAGAGAAAUAUUUAUUAAAACCCUAGCAGUAAUAAACAGUUUCAAGCCAGUCUUCAGUUAUGUUUCCAGUAUUACAUGGCCUUUUGUUCUUGGUUUGUGGGGUUUUUGGGGUUUUUUUUUGUUUCAGUGGGUUUUUUUUUUAACAUAAAAUCAAUAUUGGACCCAGAGGCUUUUUGUAUUAUUAGUUUAUUAAAAAAAUAACUCGUAAUAUUCAUGAAUGCUGUGAAAUCACAUAUACAAGCAAUAGACCUACAGUUGUUAGGUUUUUGAGAGGUUUUGUCUGUCAAUGUUUAAGUAUUGCGGUGAAGUAGAAGAAAGCAAUCAGUGGGAUAAUUUUCCUCUUGUAUUAUUGUUCACAUUUAAAUGUAUUCUAGCAUGUUUAUUUCAAAGACAAUGAAAUUUAGCUAACUCAUUUCGUUGCUGUCAAACACGAUAGCACUGACUUAAGUGAGAUUCUCAUCCUGUUUCUCAGCAAGUAUUUAUCAAGCUACCUACAGCUUUCCUAAAUUUUGUUAAAUAUAUUAUGUAUUAGUGUUGUGAAACAUUAAAGUAGCUGUAACAACUUCUAAAAUAAGGAAGGCCCAUUGUGUGUUUAAGGGGGAUGUGGAAAUUAAAAAAAGCAAAACCUGAGUUCCUUUUUAGCACUUCUUGUGGAUUGUUGAUAAUCUUGUUUGCAGGUACAAUGGAACAAAGAUCAAAAAAUAGUUUUCUUAAGAAGUUCACACAAAAAUAUAUAGUUUGUUCAGCCAGUUCAGCAGUUACUUACACAUUCUGCUACAGAACAAUUUGAUGUCAAUAUAUUAAUUGAUGUGUUUUUACCUAAUUUGUAUAUUUAUUUCAUCAGAAAUUAAAAACAAAAAAACCCCACACCAAAACCCCAAAAAACCUCUCCAGAUCCUGUAGCCUAAAAAAUAAAAGUACCUGUGUUUCCUA